AUGCCGUCCCCGGAAUUGGCCAGUGGCUCUGUUCCACCAGAGUUUUCUACCGCCGACUCCCAAUCUGGCAUGCAGAAUGGCUCCGGCGCGUCUGACACGAGACUUGGAGGAGAAGAUCCCACCAACCCGGGAACACAGCCAUCUGCCAAUGGUCAGGAGAGCAAUACAUUUGAAGAUGGAAAACAGAAUGCCAAGGCUAUGCUAGCGGCAUCUGGUGUUCCGGAUUCCAACAGUGAUCCCAAUGGUACGCCCCAAUCGAAUGGCACAAAUGGUUCCGCGCAAAGUCGAAAACGAUCUCGUGACGGGUCUGUCAUUCAGCCCAGUGAUAUCUCAGGGACAAUGACCGUCCGGACACGCGAGACGCCCGUCGAACAAAUUAUGAUAGAGAAUCUCGUCAAUCGCGAGUUUGAUUACUCGGCUGCAACUGCUUGGCAAAACCCAAGCCAGGAAUUGCAGCGAGAGAAACGAGCGGAGCGUGAUUUUUACUUACAGCUUCGACGUGACAAUCAAACAAACCCAGCUGCAUUGUUUGGCGCAGGAUACGAAGGGUUUGGGAAUACACGCACGGACCUGCGAAACCAUCCACCUCAGCUUUUGUACCCAGCCAACCGACGUAGGCCUGGGAAUCGCAAGACUCGCGAGCUUCGGAUCUCACGUCGAGAUAUGAAAGUGCAGAGCGAGCAGAUGGACGACCUGGUGCCCAUUCGUCUAGACAUUGACUGGGAGAAAGUUAAGAUUCGCGAUACUUUUACUUGGAAUUUACAUGACCGUGUUAUAUCCCCAGACCUGUUUGCCGAAAAGCUGGUGGAGGAUCUGGGUCUACCUAUGGAAACUUCCGCGCCUCUCAUGCGCCAAAUCUCGCAAAGCAUUCAAGAGCAGUUGAUGGACUACUACCCGCAAGUCUACAUGCACGAGGAGGCUCUUGACCCGCAUCUCCCUUACACGGCAUACCGAAACGAUGAGAUGCGUAUCCUGGUCAAGCUGAACAUCACUAUUGGACAGCAUACCCUCAUUGAUCAAUUCGAGUGGGAUAUCAACGAUGCACAAAAUUCCCCUGAGCAGUUUGCCAUGCGCAUGACAGACGAUCUUUCUCUCUCUGGCGAGUUUACCACAGCCAUCGCCCAUUCCAUUCGUGAACAAUCCCAACUCUUUACUAAGUCCCUUUACAUUGUUGCACAUCCAUUCGACGGUCGCCCCAUCGAGGAUCCCGAUCUUAGCGCUUCCUUCCUACCAACACCCGUGUCCUCCGCCUUCCGACCUUACCAAUCGGCCAAGGAACACACGCCUUACCUCUACGAAUUGAAUGAGACAGAUCUUGAGCGAACAGAGAUCUCGAUAUCUCGGGAACAACGUCGCCAGAAACGAUCCAUAAAUCGGCGUGGUGGCCCUGCUCUACCGGACCUAAAGGACCGUCAGCGUACGAUUCGCACAUUGAUUGUGUCUUCUGUCAUUCCCAACUCAGCUGCAUCAAUGGAAGAAAGCAACGUUAUCAAGCGUUCGGGAUCUGGUCGCCGUCGUGGUAUCACAGGACAAAGAGAUGACGAUUCUGAUGAAUUUGAAAGUGAUGACUCGGACGAGGGCUCUCCAGCCGUUGGGCCAAACCUUGCCCAAGGCACUGCCCGCACGAGAGGCAUGAGGGGGGCCGCUAGGGAAGCUCACGCAGCUUUGCGUGCUGGUUUGGGACACUCCGAAACCCCGGAGCCUGUACUUUACGAGCCGCGAGCGUCAGCUCGACGGCAACAAUACCGAGAAGAAAGCGACGAAGAACCAGACAAGUUGGUCGUGAGACUCAAACUGUCAAGAGACAAGCUGGUGGCUUUGAGGAAUGGACAGCGAAUAGUCUCCGCGUCCCAAGCGUCCUUUAACAGGGCUGCGCCCAAUGCCACGCAAAUGGCACCCCCUUCAGAUAAGCAAGCGCGACUCCCUGGACACAACCCACCUCGGCCGCAGCAAACAGGAGCCGUCGACGCACCGAACCCUCCUCAGCCCGGUGUUCCCGCUCCCCCACCGCCUAGUUGGCUUGUGGCCGGACUUCAAGGGUUAAAACAGGCCCAUCCCAACGACUCUUUUGAAGGAGUGAUGCGUUACUCUGCCGUGGAUCUUGAAACUCUGGCCCCUGUGACCAAUACCAACAACCUCCAACCAGGUCAAAAAAUCAAAUACCAAUACCUACCGCGAAUUCGGUGCCACGACUGCCCCGGCAAGCUGUACACGCCUGGUCCCGGCAUGACUGUGGACAACUUUGAGGUCCACCUUCGCAACCGGCAGCACAAGGAACGUGUGGAGGAGCGUAUCUCGAAGGCUGCCAAUGCUCCUGUUAACCCUAAUUUGGGUAGUGCGAGCCCGGCCCCUGGUGCUCGUACAUCAGCUAGUGCUAGCCCUGCGAAUCUUGGUGCCCCUUCUCCUGCCCUUGGCCCUCGGCAUUGA